AUGUCCUUCGGGAGAAUCGAGGAGUCUAAUCACAUCGGUGGGCCUUUGACUGUGCUUGUGCCCGAGGAGCGACGAGUCGUCCGCCGAGAGCGAGAUAUUCGCUCGGAGAGAGAGAUCAGAGAUGAGAUCCGCGCGCUUGAGGACGAGCGACGAAUGCUCAAGUACGAGCGUGACGGCGACUACGAAAUUGUCGAGCGACGUGAGCGUCCCCGAGAAGUCAUCCGCAUUGAAAAGGAUCGGAAAGGUAGGAUGGCCCUUGUCCGCUCGGCUCAUUAG